AUUAUAAUAUCUUUUUAAGGUCAGAAAGGAACAAUUCAUGAUUAUUACAAUCCAUUCUAAUACACCUCUGUGGGUUUGACUUUAUAAAAAAAAAAUGGGUUUGAACGGGUUUACUUACCAGUGCAAUCAAGGCGAACUCUUUCUACUGGUUUUUUUUUUUUACGAGAGAUAGGCCUAUGACUCUUUGAAUGAAUUUUCAGCUCCACCUUUAUUCAAGUCACUCACCAGCUCAUAUAAAAACACAUCGUGUGCAGUCACAACUAACAGAACAUCAGGCUCAGAGUUGUCAAAAUCCAAAGCUGCCAUGAAAGCGCUCCAGAUGCGUUUCACACGUGCUUUACCGGGUAUCAUGUUAUGGGCUGCAGCCUGCGCGUGUACGACUUCAAACCAGAAUGCCAGCAACAUCACUUUAGACACCCUCCAGCUGUUGGACCAAGGACGCUGCCUCUUCAGAUCCAUGCUGCCUUCAGAUACAGCUGUGCAGGUACUGGUGUGUGUCUUUGUGGUGAUGACCAUUAUCUCACUUUUGAUCAAUGGGUGCACCCUGUGUUGUCUGGGCAGUUCAGAAGACUUAUCCUGGGAGCGCCGCUUUGCCUUGCUGAAAAACCUCAUAGUGAGUGACGUUCUACUCAUUGUCACACAAGGGCCUACAGUGAUAUACUGCCUGCUGCAGAAGACCACGCUGCCGUACGGAGCUUGGUGUGUCAUUCAGUUCUUUAUUAACACUGUUUGUGUUUUCUGCACUUUGUUUACUAUCACAUGCAUGGCUCUUGAGCGCUACCUGUACGUGUGCCAGGCCAUGGACUACCUCAGUAUACUAACCACUAGGUGCCUUUACCUCAUGGUCGGGUUCACGUGGCUUAUUUCAGUGUGCUUAACGACAAUUAUAACAGCUUUGCUCAGUUUAGGGCACAAUAACUCAUUGCUGGGCAAACCCAUUACAGGACUCCUUUGUGAGCCGGACACCUUGGAGUCCCAUCUGGGUUUCCCACGGGCUGCUGCGGUGUUUCGCAAAGUGGUUGGGCUCAUGGUGGCGCUGCUUUGCAUCUUUUCCUACUCGUUCUCAUACCUGCGCAUGUAUCAAGUGGCACGCAACGCCGUUCAGCCAUUCCAGCGAGUCAAUAAAAGGGCACGCAAUACCGUGAUGUUCUACUGCUCAAUGCUGCUGCUUCAGCUGCUCCCCAUCUUUCUGAAGAUAGCCUCGGAUGCUCUGUGGGAACUUGAAGGCAACAUGGCCAUGAUCCGCUCGCUGGAUAAUCCCGGAGGCUGGACGUUAGCGGGGACGCUUCACAUCUUGCUUCUGGUGACGCUUCAAGCGCCUCCUUGCAUUAAUCCACUCAUUUACGGUCUGCGCAACAAGGAGGUGAGGGAAGCUCUGCCUAUGCUGCUGCGGUGGUGGAGGCUGAACCGUUAAGUGAGCCCGGGAUUAUCUUCUACUGCCAGAUGUUUUUAGUCUCCUGGCAACAUUCUGAAGAAACAGAAUGGAAGGAAGAUAGAUGAGUGUGUCAUGUGUAGGUCUUGUUGUCAAGGUUUAUAGUGAGAUUAUAAUAACAUAAAAUAUAAAACUUUAAUGCAAAAUGCUUUGAAUGCAAAACAUAGUAAACUUGACUUUACAUUGAGGUUAAAUUUGUUAAUAUUAUUUUGAUGUAUUAGGAACAAGGAACAAACAAUGAGCAAAAAUGCAUUUGUGACACUCUAAAAUAUGUACUCAUUUUGGCUAUUGUGAUUUUGGAUGAAAAUUGUUUAUUUUCCAUAUACUAUUUUUCAUUUUUGCUUAUAUUUUACAUGUCAAAUGAAGCUGAAAAAUGUAAAGUGUAAAUCAUUGUAUUUUGCUGAGUGAGAUUGGGACACUUAUUUUGAAAGUGAACUGAGGACUCGUACAGAGAAGCAUUGUGCGCCGGCGCCCUCAUCCUCAAUCCGCUGGGGAUUAUGUGCGACACACGAUUGCUCCUGUCUCCUCAUUUUUUUAAUAGGUAUGACUUUCACAACAACAAAACAAUAUACACUCUAGUCAUUUAAUGCAAAUAUAUUGUAUAUAAAUGUUCCGGUUUGUGAAGAUAUUGAAAAUGCGUAGAUCGUCCGCCAUUUUGUGGACGCUGUGAAAUACAUUUAAUUUGAUUUAUACAGGCGCCAGUUCUUGCACCAGUUGCACCAGCUGUGCGCAAGUUACAACGUAGACUAGUUUUGACGUAAAUGGGUACUAAGUUACAACUUACGCACUACUAAAUAUUUUUGUGUUGCACCAUUAAACUUAGUUGAAACGUAACUCUACAUAUACACUAAAUAUUUACGGAAGCCUCCUAUCAGGAGUAACAGUUGGAAUAAAAUAGCAGACUGACUGAACUGCAUCAAUAAGCUCUUGUUUUACCUGACAGACUUCAUUCUUUACACAUAUAUGAUGCUGCUGACAUUUACACUCUCUUAAAUUUUAAGAGAGAGAACAUCAUGUGAAAAGAUUACUUUGUUAGACACUCUUCAACACGAACCCGUUAAACAGCGCGCCACUGUGUGCAUCGGUCCUAUCACUCCGUGUUGUGCAUGUCAAAUAAAAUCAGUCAUAAUCAGUAAAUGUAAUUUCUUAUGUUUUUGUUGUUGUUGUUUCAGUAUUUAUUUAUUGAUCCUUAUUAAUUUCGUUUCAAAUACAGUUUCUGAAUGUUAUAAAAACAUUUAUGAUUAAGUAGUAGGCUAUUAUAUUUAAUGGGAACUUAUUUUUACUGUUAGCUACGUGAGGCAAAAUAAGUCAGAAUGAAGGAUAAACUGAAAUUCACGGAAUUUCAACAACUUCUGCUCCUGUAUUUGAAGGAUGACUGAGGGUAAACGUCAUAUUAUGCGACUACGCAUUACUUUACGGAGACCUUACGAGCUACUAGCUACGUUCUGCCUUAAGAACAAAUGGUGCAACCGAAUAAAGUACAGAGUUAGUUACAAACUAGCUAUAGUUAAGCCACUAGUGUGGACUUUACGUUCCAAUUUAAGAAAGAACUUACGAACGGCUGGUGCAACCCUACCCAGCUGUGUGUAAAUUAUAACGUAGCCUAGUUUUGACGUAAAUGGGCACUAAGUUACAACUUACGCACUACUAAAUAUGUUUGUGUUAAAUUUAGUUGAAGCGUAACUCUACGUAUACACUAAAUAUUUACGGAAGCCUCCUAUCAGGAGUAACGGUUGGAAUAAAAUAGCAGACUGACUGACCUGCAUCAAUAAGCUCUUGUUUUACCUGACAGACUUAAUUCUUUACAUAUGAUAUGCUGCUGACAUAUUUUACACUCGCUUACAUUUUAAGAGAGAGAACAUUGUGAAAAGAUUACUUGGCCACUCUUCAACACGAACCCGUUAAACAGCGCGCCAUUGCAUCGAUCUUAUCACUCCUUGUUGUGCAUGUCAAAUAAAUUCAUAAUCAAAAAUGUCUCUUCUUAUGUUUUUUUUUUUGUAUCAGUAUUUAUUUAUUGAUCCUUAUUAAUUUAGUUUCAAAUACAGUUACCGAAUGUUAUUUAUUUAGCCUACUUAUAAAAACAUAUUCAUGAUUAAGUAGGCUAUUGUAUUUAACGGAAACUUAUUUUUUACUGUAAGCUACGUGAGGCAAAAUCAGUCAGAAUGAAGGAUAAACUAAAAUUCAUGGCAUUUCAACAACUUCUCACGUAUUUGAAGGAUCACUGAGGGUAAACGUCAUAUUAUGCGACUACACGUUACUUUACGGAGAACUUACGAGCUACUAGCUACGUUCUGCCUUAAGAACAAAUGGUGCAACCUAAUAAAGUACAGAGUUAGUUACAAACUAGCUAGUAACGUUAGUUACUAAGCCGCUAGUGUGGACUUUAUGUUCCAACUUAAGAAAGAACUUAUGAACGGCUGGUGCAACCCUACCCAGGUUAUUAUGUUCAUUAUUUGUUUAUUUAUAUUAUAUUUGUGUUUGGUUUGAUGGCAGUUCUGAUUAUAAAAUAAGUAACUUGAAUGUUAAAUGUGUAUGGUUUACAUACAUUUACCUACAUGUUCAGUCAUGUGUGAUGAUUUUAUAUGCAUAAAAUACCUUUUGAAUUGUCUGAGUAGAUUUAAAGAAACAAAGUGAAAAUCUCAAAUGUAUGUUUGUGAAAAAAAAGGGGAAAAACAAAUGUGAAAUGUGCAUUGUUUUGACAUGAAAAAGAAAAUGACAUUUGUGCAUUAAUAAGAAAAAUAAAUACAUUUUAUUGAUGAAGAUUUAUUGGUUUACAAUGUGAAAAAAAACAAAAAACAUUGAAUAAACAUUUGCUGGGGAUUAUGUGCCACAGACAUUUGCUCCUGUCUCCUCAUUUUUUCCCUGUUUUAACAGGGACUUUCUAAUCUGCCAACACGGCCUUUUGCACAGGGCCUGUAACACAUGUAUUAAUCUGUUUGUGAUAUAUAUUUUUUAUUAGUUCAUUCAUAUAUGAAUACAUUAAAUCAAUAAAAAAAAACAUAUUUGGUAGUUAGUAUAUAUAUUCAGCAUUAACCAAAAAUGAAAAUGCUGUAAAAUUGAGGCUUAUUGUAAAGUAUCACCUAUUUUUGUAUAUUUUAAAUAUUUAAUUGAUUGCUCACUAUUACAAGAAAGGAAUUAAAAUAGCUGCUCAAAGUCUGUGAAUUUCAAAAUAACAAAUUUGAAACAGCUUUGAGGAUAUAUAACCUUGACAUGAUACAGUAUGCUUAAAGAGAAAUAUAAUCGUGAUCACACACUUCAUAAUUCCCUAAGGAUCUGAAAGGACAUGUUAACACUCUUAAAGGUGCAGUGUGUAAAUUUUAGCGGCAUCUAGCGGUGAGGUUGUGAACUUCGAAGAAGCUACGGUAGCCGUCUGGCCGACACUUCAAAUAUGUCGUCGUCUGAGACAGCAGAGAGUACAUUAGCCAGUGAAGCAAUGAGGUUUGUGCUUGCUUGUAUAUAGAUAAAAAAUGGCUCAUUCUAAGGCAGGGAUUCCCAAAGUGUGGUGCGCGCACCUCCAGGGGUACGCGAGCUGCCACCAGGGGGUGCGCGAGAGGAAAAAUGUAAUGGCGGUCUGUUUGUGGGAUUUUUCCAUACAAUAAAAAAAAAUGAACAGUAAACAUUUCCUUUGUAAUCGCUUUUAUUUUAAAUAAAAAACUAUAAGGGCGUCGGAACCAUUGUAUGUGGGUGGGACAAGACCCACCCACUUUUUAAGACAAAUGAUAUUGGACCCACUCACUUUUACCGAUUCUAAUUAAGCAUUUGUCUGUUCAUUUUUCAGAGCACGUCAUAUGUCAAUGCCCUCUCAAAGCACAGAGCCCGAUGAUGAAAUAACACUUUUCAGACGCGCAUUCCAACUUCACCUCAGACACAGACGCAAGUCAAACGAGCGCGGUGAGGACGGGGGACUUUCAGUUAAACAACAGUGAACUGCGGUCAGAUGAAAUGUUGUCAGGCUAUGUCAGUAAAACUCCAACCCGCCGUUAGCCUACUGUGCUCGAGGCGCGAACUCAAGAAUUGCUCGCGCAAAUGCGCCGGUGCGCGCUGCAUAGAUUAUUAUAGUUUAAAAGCGCAAAAGCAAUUACGGGCAUGCACCGCCGUUAUUCUGUUGUAAAUUAAGUAAUGAAAUGACCAAACGUGCGAUUAAAGCUGCCUCAAAACUGUGCAUGAAUGUAUGUAUUUGUUGACAUGGUUUUAAAGUUAUUGUUAUCCAGUUUGUUGUCCUUCAAACGUCUUAAAAUGUACAUUUGUACACCAAGGAAAUCAAAAUUUUGGGGGGACGACCCACCCACAUUUUUUUUGCUUCCUAUGGCCAUAAUUUAUUAGUUUUUGAUAGAAACGUAGAAGACAGCUGCUGUCUUCUUUUACGCACUGCUCUUCUUUUAUGCACUGCAGGCUAUGCUCUUUGUUACUUAAUUAUGUUGUGGAUCGUGUGUAGGCUAAUUUUAUUGUCGCACUUAAAACGUUUCAGAUUGAUCCUCGUUUUUAUUUAUUUUAUCUAUUUCGGAGCUUAUUCUCUUUAACCCUCAGGGGUCUGAG